GGACAAAGCAAUUUUGACAAUGAACAUUCUUCUUAAAGUCAAGCCAUUCACCUACCAUUUCGCACCAAGAGUUUGUUGCAGAUUUUUCAGCAAGGACAAGACUUUUUUUGCACCUCAAAACUUCACAGACUAUGAGGAUAUUAAACAGAUUUAUAAACCUGAGGUGCCAGAAUAUUUUAACUUUGCAAGUGAUGUCUUAGAUAAGUGGACUGCUGCUGAAAAGGAUGGCACUAAGAAGCCCAACCCUGCUCUGUGGUGGAUAGACGGUCAUGGAAAAGAGGUCAAGUGGAGCUUUGAAGAGCUGGGCUUCCACUCUAGAAAAGUGGCUAGCAUUCUUUCUGAUGCCUGUAACCUGAAAGCAGGAGACAGAGUUAUUGUCAUUUUGCCCCGGUUACCAGAAUGGUGGCUGCUCAAUGUUGCAUGUUUAAGAGCAGGUCUCAUUUUAAUUCCUGGAACAACGCAGCUCACAGCAAAAGACAUUCUACACAGACUACAAUCAUCAGAGGCAAAGUGCAUCGUAGCUCAUGAUGCCUUGGUACCAGUUAUAGACAGUGUUUCAGCACAAGCACCAUGUUUGAAAAACAAAAUGGUGGUUUCAGGAUGUCCAAGGGAGGGAUGGCUGAGUUUCCAAGCACUCUUCCAGGCAGCUAAUGACAAACAAACCUGUGUAAGGACAAGGAGCACUGACCCAAUGACUAUCUAUUUCACUAGUGGAACAACAGGUUCUCCAAAAAUGACGGAACAUAGUCACUGCAGCUACCCUAUUGGGUUAACCGUUAAUGCCAGGUAUUGGCUGGACUUGUUGCCUUCAGAUGUGUUUUGGAAUGCAUCAGAUACAGGCUGGGCAAAGUCAGCUUGGAGUAGUGUAUUUUCUCCUUGGAUUCAAGGUUCAUGUGUAUUUGCCCACAGCAUGGCAAGAUUCGAAGGAGCUGUCAUCCUGGAAACACUUGCCAAGUACCCUGUCACAACAUUCUGCUCAGCGCCAACUCUUUAUCGUAUGAUGGUGCUGCAUAACCUUUCUAGUUAUAAGUUCAAGAGCCUCAAACACUGUGUAAGUGCUGGAGAGCCCAUCAACCCCCAAGUAAUGGAGCGUUGGAAAGCCAGCACUGGACUUGACAUCUAUGAAGGCUAUGGCCAAACUGAAACUGUGCUUGUAUGUGGAACAUUCAAAGGAAUGAAAAUAAAACCGGGAUCUAUGGGGAAGCCUUCACCAGCUUAUGAAGUUCAGAUUGUUGAUGGUGGUGGCAAUAUUCUUCCCUUAAAUCAAGAAGGCGAUAUUGGAAUUCGGAUAUCACCCCAAAAACCCUUUUGUCUCUUUUCGCAAUACACGGGUGACCCUGAAAAAACCGAUUCAACGCGAAGGGGAGACUUUUACCUUACUGGAGACAGAGGCAUUAAAGAUGAAGAUGGAUAUUUCUGGUUUGUUGGGCGAUCUGAUGAUGUUAUCUUGUCCUCUGGGUAUCGUAUUGGGCCAUUCGAAAUAGAAAGCGCUUUGAUAGAACACCCUGCUGUUGCUGAAUCCGCAGUGGUCAGCAGCCCAGACCCAAUCAGAGGAGAGGUUGUGAAGGCCUUUGUUGUCCUUUCACCAACAUACAGUGGUCAGGACGCAGACAAACUGACAUCAGAAUUACAGGAACAUGUCAAGAAAGCGACGGCCCCCUACAAGUAUCCAAGAAAGAUUGAAUUUGUUCAACAACUGCCAAAAACAGUCAGUGGGAAGAUCCGCAGAAAUGAGCUGAGAAACAAAGAAUGGGGAAAAGCCUAAGAACGGAUAAUCACAUUU